GGAGCGUGUGGUCCUGGCUUCGCCUCGCCGCUGGAUGCGAUGAAAGGUCCCCGGGAGGAGAUUAUCUACGUGCCCUGCAUCUACAGGAACACUGGGAGGAAGAAACCUGACUUUCUGGACACUGUGUCCACUGUGGAUGUCAACCCCAAAUCUCCGCACUAUUGCCAGGUGAUCCACCGCCUGCCCAUGCCCAACGUGGGGGACGAGCUGCACCACUCGGGGUGGAACACCUGCAGCAGCUGCUUCGGGGACGCCACCAAGAAGCGGAACCGCCUGAUCCUCCCCAGCUUAAUCUCUUCCCGCAUCUACGUGGUGGAUGUGGGAACCGACCCACGAGCUCCCAGGCUUUUCAAGGUUGUCAACCCAGAGGACGUCUUCUGGAAGUGUGACCUGGGCUACCCCCACACCUCCCACUGCCUGGGCAGCGGUGAAAUCAUGAUCAGCACCCUGGGAGACCCAGCUGGCAACGGGAAAGGGGGCUUCAUUCUGCUGGAUGGAGAGACCUUUGAGAUCAAGGGGACCUGGGAGAAAGGGGACAAGACCCCUCCAAUGGGUUAUGACUUCUGGUACCAGCCACGCCAUAACGUCCUGAUCAGCACCGAAUGGGGAAUCCCAAAAUGCCUGGGAUAUGGAUUUGACCCAAAUGAUCUGAAGAAAGGGCGCUACGGACGCCGCCUCAACGUGUGGGACUGGACCACUCACACCUACAUCCAGGCCAUCGACGUGGGCGAGGACGCGGCCCCCCUGGAGAUCCGCUUCCUCCACAACCCCGACGCCGCCGAGGGCUACGUGGGCUGCACCAUCAGCAGUGCCAUCCACCGCUUCUACAAGACCCAGGACGGACGCUGGCCAGCCGAGAAGGUGAUCCAAGUCCCCAGCAAGAAGGUGGAGGGAUGGCUCCUCCCGGAGAUGCCAGGUCUUAUUACUGAUAUCCUCAUCUCGCUGGACGACAGGUUCCUGUAUUUCAGCAAUUGGAUACAUGGAGACAUCCGCCAGUACGAUAUCUCCGACACCCGCAAGCCCAGGCUGGUGGGGCAGGUCUUUCUGGGUGGCAGCAUCACCAAGGGAGGACCCGUGACCGUGUGCAGGGAUGAGGAGC